GCACCGACCGGGAAACGAGGGCUUGUAUCUUCCCUCUCUCGCCAACCAUCGUCAGGAAGGCAAUAUACGCUGAAAACCACCCACCACCCUCCUUCCGGCGCCGUUCAGUAUCUACAGCCUCGAGGCAGAUCAACCAUAGGGAGAAGUCUCCGUCUGAAACAGAACGCUCCUCGUCCAAGGUCAUCCGCGUUUAUUCUUGACAGAUACAAAGUCCUCGAACCAAACAAACGAAAAAAAAACCGAUACCCCAGACCACCCUGGUGUCGUCCAUCGAAAUCCCCUCAUAAACAGGAGACCAGCUACCACCAUGGAACCUUCCAUCACAUCUUCUGCUCUGCCCUCGACUAACCCCCCCAGUAUCGAAAGCGCAUACCGGCGCAAAUGCAUCGCCCUCAAAAAGCGGUUGAACGAAGUCGAGGCUGAAAAUGAGUUGAUGCGUCUGCGCAACCGGCGUGGCUGGCAGUAUAUUCAAAAAAUGCGACUCGAGUCCUGCAUCCUGCUAGAGCGCCUCUCAAAGGUCACCGGCAUGGCGGAGGAGGCACAGGUGGGCCUGAGUCCAGAGCUACGUGCUCGCGCUGCGGCCUUGAUGUCAAGCUCGGCUGCUUUAAACAAUAUUGCUGCGGGUGGUGAUUCCGCGGCUGGCCAUGCUGCCUCGUAUCUGGAUGACGAGACGGAAGGAAGCUCAGAUGAUCAGCCUCCUACGCCCCAAGAACGUCCGCUUCGCAUCAAGCGCUCCCGCAAGUCCAACAUGAACAUGGAUGGUCUCGAUGAUGAGGUUGCCAACAACGAAUCCACGCCUGCUGCGUCUGGUAAUGGAACUUCGCUGCCUCGUCUCGCACCGGCGCCCACACAGGAAGAACUGACCUCGACGUUCCGCGUCCAAUCUGGCAGUAAUGGUUCUGCGACCCCGGUCGCCCCCGAGAUGGAAUCUGCGAGUCACGAGGCGAACGACAGAGACCACGGAGAUGACGACGCCCAGGAGAAUAAUGGCGAGGAACCUGGCGAGCAGCUGCCCUCAUCAAUGCCCAUGGAUAUGGAUAUCGAUACCAAGGUGCCGAAAGAGGAAAGCUAGGCGUCUUCUUUCUUUCUUUCCUUCUUUCAUUUUCUCUUCAUCAUCUUCUUCUUCCUCUUUCUUUUGUUUGUUAUUCCCUCUUAUUAUUUCUUAUUUAUUCUUUUCCUUAGAUGGCACGGGUAGGGUUCAUUCUUUUGUUGGUUUAUAUGCGGAAAUAGGUAACUAGCAUGAAUAUGGGUUAAUCUUUAAGGUCUGGUGUACAGUUUAGACUGUAAUCAUUCCUACUUGAAGGAUAUAAUCACUUAUACCACUUUUUUUCAAAAAAAAAGUAAUAAUAGGAGA